AUGCUCAGUGCGGAACCUAUGAUGCAAUACUCCGUUUCAAAAACAAUUCCGCUUCUGGAAACAUCUUAUGUUUGUCUCCCGCAUAUAAUGGAGGUCACACAGCAACGAAUCCAAUUCAAAAAUGCAACGGAGGCAAGUACACAAGUAAGAUCAGGACAUAUAGAACAGAGCAGUUUAGUAACAAAAUAUAAUAGCCACCCAAGUCCAAUAGAUGUAAAACUACCACCAAUAUCUGCUUUGAUAUCAAAUGCAUAUGUAAACAGAUAUUCAUGUUUUGGGAAUGAUAGCCGGUGCGAUACUUUUCAUAAGGAUGAGGCUGCAUUAUUAACACCUUCAUAUGUCGAUGCCAAUCAAAAAAGUUCUGGGGUUAGUUUUCAGAAAAAAAACAUUGGUUUACCUUUUGACGUUAUCUCGAAUAACGUAAGAGAUACUAUUCAAGAUUUAUAUCGAGAUGUUUUGGAAAAAGAGCUACCAAAGGUUGCUGAAACUAAAAACCAAGUAUUAUUUUCAAGCGCUAAACCGAUCAUGGAUCUUAAUGGCCAAUCCAAUACAUCUCCUCAUAGAAAUUCUUCAAAAAUAAAUUCUCCCGGAAAGGCGAUACUUAAAGCGAAAGUCAGGCUAAGAAAGCAAUGCUCUGUUUGUGGCAAAGUUUGUUCAAGACCAUCCACAUUGAAGACACAUUUCUUGAUUCAUACGGGGGACACACCAUUUAAAUGCUCAUGGGAGGGGUGCCACAAGGCAUUUAACGUCAAAAGUAACAUGCUAAGGCACAUGAAAAGUCAUGAAAGAAGAAGGAAUAAGAAGACAUGUUUAGCAAAGUAG